AUGGAUAAAGUUCAACGAUUUUUCAAUCCUGGGGAAGAACAAACAGAAGAACAAAGUGGUAUGAUGUCUGAAAUAUCCGGUUUAUCAUGGGAUACGCGACUAAAAGGUUUUGGUCUCUGUUUGCUUGUUGCCGUCUUGCUUGGAAUUGGUUCAGUAAUUGUUUAUUUUCUUGGUAAUAAUCUUUCUGGUUUUGCUAUUUUAUAUAGCGUCGCUGUUAUUUUUGGUCUUGGAUCUACGAUAUUUUUAAUGGGUCCAAUGAAGCAAUUAAAGAAAAUGUUUGAUUCUUCUCGAUUAAUUGCUACUAUUGUCUUUCUUGCAUCGAUCGUAAUGACACUCAUAUCAGCUCUUGUCAUUAAAUCAGGUGUUCUUGUUCUUAUAUUCGUUAUUGUUCAAUUUCUUGCUCUUGGUUGGUAUACAAUUAGUUACAUUCCAUUUGCACGUGAAGCAAUUAAAACUUGUUGUCGAGGCGUUAUAGAUAAACGAUUACGACGAAUCACUGCUUUGGGUUUUCGUAAUUUAACUGUAAAUGAAUUUAAUUUUACAAUUUAUUUUACAUUACAUCGAAAUGACAAAACCGUUGCUUUUUAUACAAGUGAAUCAGUUGAAAAUCAACGUAGCCCAGAAUGGUCUUAUUUAGAAUUCCCAAUAAAUGUGCAAUGUUUACAAGAUUUUGUUAUACGUGUUUGGAUAAAAACAUUGAAUAAUUGUCGUCUAUUUCUUGAAUAUGAUGUUUAUCUUGAUGAUAGUCUUAUGCCUGAUGAACAGAAAGAUGAAUCAUAUAUAAAUAAUAAUAGUCUAUGGCUUGAAAUAUUCGGUUAUCGAUUUACUGAUAAUCCAUCAAAAUUAAAACAUCAAAAAAGUAUUCAACAAAUGACAAUUUCUGAGAAGAAAUCCAAACGUAAUCUCUUAGUCAAAUCGUACAAUAAAUCAAGUAUUUUACGAAUGAUGAAUGUGAUUGAUGCUAUACGUGCUCAAAGCCGAUUAUCAAUUCAAUGUCUUGAAAAUUUACAACAAUCUGUUAAUGAAAAUGAAGAUUAUUUUUCAAAAAUUAAAGAACGUGAAACUCGUCAAUUACAUAUAGAAAAUUUACGAGAAUAUUUACAAUGUCAAAUAACGAUCUAUGAACGACAAUUAAAUAUUAAUCAACGACGACAAAAAUUAAUUAAUGAAAAAAAAAACCGAUUAAAUCAAAAUUUAUUACAAUUAGUUGUUCAACAAAAAGAACUUAAUUUACGUAUAAAUAAUUUAAAUCAAUCAAAAUAUCUUCUUCAUGAUUUAAUACAAUUAAUUAUAUUUCGACAAAAAAAUCUUAUUACUAAUAUAUAUCAUCAUAUUUAUCCUAUUACAAGUGAUAAUAACAAUGAAUAUUCUAUUGGAAAUAUUAAAUUACCACCGGCAGAAGAUAAAAGUUAUCAACCAUUAACUCGUGAACGUGAAUAUGAAAUUGGAGCAGGUGUAGGAUAUUGUGCACAUAUUGUUCUUAUUAUUUCACAUAUUAUUCAAUUACCACUUCGUUUUCCAAUUGAGUAUUAUGGAACAUCAUUGAUUAAAAUCUAUGAUAAUAAUUUACAAUCAAGCGAUUUUCCAUUAUAUCCAAGUUAUGAUAUUAAUUCUUUUCAAUAUGGUUUAUUUUUACUUAAUCGAAAUAUCGGUCAAAUAAUGCAUCAUUGUCGUGUUGGUGGUCGUCAUACAGAUUAUCGAAAAACAUUAGAAAAUUUAAAAGAACUAAUGGAACAAUAUUUUAUAAAUUCUAAUAAUAAUCCAAUUCAGCUUUAUACAUUAAAUCAACAAUCAAUCGAAACGACAACUUCAAAUAAUAAUAGUAAUGAACGAAUUUCUUUGUCAAAUAGACGAACUAUUACGGUUAAUUCUGUAACAUCAUCUUUUACUGAAAAUAAUGAUUUAAAUUCUACUGAAGAUGAUAAUCAUCAUAAUGGUUUAGAUUUAUUUCCAACUUCAAGUACUAUAUCACCUCGAUUAACCAUGCAAUAUUCGUAUCAACCACAACAACAAUAA